AGCACAGUAAUUUGAGGCUCUCCAGGGAAUCCUGCUCUGGUUGGGACCAUGGGAAAGAGAGUGGCUGUCGUGCUGGCCGGGUGCGGAGUGUACGACGGGAGUGAGAUCCAUGAGGCUUCCGCUGUGCUGGUGCAUCUCAGCAGGGAGGGGGCACAGGCAGAGUUUUAUGCUCCCGAUGUUGACCAGAUGCAUGUGGUGGACCACGUGAAAGGACAGCCAACUCAGGAGAAGCGCAACGUGCUAGUUGAAAGUGCCAGAAUCGCCAGAGGCAACAUCAAGGAUCUAGCCAAGCUGGAUGUCAAGGGGCUGGAUGCCAUCAUCAUACCUGGUGGCUUUGGAGUUGCUAAAAACCUGAGCACUUGGGCUACCCAAGGCAAGAACUGCGUGAUCUCCAAAGAGGUGGAGGACGUCCUGAAGGCAUUCCAUGCUGCCCAAAAGCCCAUUGGUCUGUGCUGCAUUUCCCCAGUGCUGGCAGCCAAGAUCUUCCCAGGCUGCGAGCUGACUGUGGGCCACGACACAGAGUGUGAGAAAUGGCCUUACGCAAAGACUGCUGAGACCAUGAAGGAGCUUGGUUGCAAGCACGUGAACAAACAUGUCACUGAAGUUCACGUGGAUGUGAAGAACAAGCUGGUGACCACCAGUGCCUUCAUGUGCAAUGCCCCCAUUCACGAGAUCUACGAUGGCAUCGGAAAAAUGGUCAAAGAAGUGGUCAGACUUGCCUGAACACCACAAAGCCACAGAAUCCAUCUCCUCUUGUUUGCAGGCACCGAGCCUUAGAGAACAUUCUUCCCCUUUUACACCCACAGAUCAACAGGCAAAUGAUACUCAAAUGGAGUUCUUCUCCCUCACUGGACCACUGCUGGUUGCUGAGGAGGGAGAACUCCAGAGCAAUGGAAGAGUUGUCGUGUUCUGCCAAGGACGCACCAGUUACUGGCAGCAAACUGCCAGUAACUGGAGUGUGGGCAGGCACUGAGCUGGCAGGCAGAAGCCAGGUUUCCACAGAGCUCAAAUACAGCCAUCGUCCUUGGUUCUGCCUGCAUCCCAUCGACCACCACUGGUCUGACCAGAUGUGCACAUCACGUAUCUACAGGAAUUGGGCCCUUUCCAAGAUUCCUCAUACAUCCAACCUUCCCAGUGCUCCAAAGUUCCCCACAAACCUCCACCUCACAGAGCAGAGGAAUUGGUGGCAAAAGGAAGGAACGCAGUUCUGCUACUGAAUAAAGUUCAACACUUUUUGCAUGAGAAGAAUUCUGCUUUCAUUUUGCCCUUGUUACUCUGGAUUUGGAUGUGAUUUUAGUGCUACUGGUUGGCCAGCGUGUGGGGAAACCACUACAGGAAGGAGUCACCAGCAACAAACCCCACUUAUUUUGCCAGGAUUGGUCAGAAUCAGAGAGUCACAGAAUGGUUUGGGUUGGAAAGAACCUCCAAGCUCAUCCAGGCCAUUCCAACUCAGGCCAAUCUGUGAUCCUACGAUCUGUAUCUCCCUUCUGGUCUGCUCAAGCCAAGUCCCUGUAGCUCAGGCUAACGUUGUCUCGAUGCCUCGAUAAAGAUGUGCCAGGAGGAGAAUAACCUCCCCAGACCUGCUGGUCACGCCGUUUCUGAUACAAGCCAAGAUGCCAUUGGCCUUCUUGGCCACCUGGCACACUGCUGGCUCAUGUUCUGGCCUCCAGCUGGAGUUAACUCCAUUGACCACCACUCUGGGCCCGGCCAUCCGACCAGUUUUCAACCCAGGACAGUGUGCGCCUGUCCAGGCCAGAGGCAGACAGUUUCUGAAGCAGAGUGCUGUGAGAAACUGUGUCAAAGGCUUUACUGAAGUCCAAGAAGACUCCAUCCACAGCCUUUCCCCCAUCCAGUAGUCGAGUCACUUUGUCAUAGAAGGUGAUCAGGUUAGUUGGGCAAGAUCUGCCUUUUGUAAACCCAUGUUGACUGGGCGUGAUCACCCGGUUCUCUUGCAUGUGCUUCCUGAUAGCACUCAAGAUCACCUGUUGCAUGACUUUCCCUGGCACUGAGGUCAGACUGACAGGCCUGGAGUCCCCCGGAUCCUCCCUGCAACCCUUCUUGUAGAUGGGCACAACAUCAGCCUCCAGUCCAGUGGAACUUCCCCAGUCAGCCAGGACCGCUGGAAGAUGAUGGAAAGGGGUUUGGAAAGGACAUCCGGCAGCUCCUUGAGUACUCUUGGGUGGAUCCCAUCUGGCCCCACAGACUUGUGGGUGUCUAGCUGGGCAAGCAAGUCUCUAACAGCCUCCUCUUGGAUCAUGGGAGCUUCAUUCUGCUCCUCUAACU